AUGACUGGGCAAACAGAGCAGGAAAAUCUUCCAACCAAGGCUGUGGACAACAAGAAUGGCAAAGAAGUCCCAGAAAGCCAAUGGACAAAGAUACUACGUCGUCAGGAUGGUUCGGUAGAUUUCAAUCGUAAUUGGAUGGAUUACAAACUUGGUUUCGGCAAUCCUGAUGCUGAUUUCUUUAUUGGUCUUGAAAUGCUGCAUCGUCUAACCAGCAACGGCAAACCCAAGGAGUUAUUAAUCGUUUUGGUGGACUAUGAAAAUGAAACUCGAUUUGCCCGCUAUGACAAAUUUCGUAUUGGUUCGGAAGCUGAAAAAUAUGCCAUUACCGAAUUGGGUGCAUAUAGUGGUGAUGCCGGCGACGGUAUGGGCUGGCAUAGAGGCAAAAAGUUUACUACCUUCGAUCAGGAUAAUAAUGCGGGUAAUAUCAGGGAUUGCCCACAGUAUUUUAAAGGUGGUUGGUGGUUCCAUGACCCCUGUUAUAGUGGAUAUUUACAUGGUCAAUAUAGGACAAAGGAAAAUUCACGAAUUUGGGGUGUUAGCUGGGAUCCAUGGAGAAAAUGGGAUGUAUCCAUGAAAUAUGCAGCAAUGAUGAUACGAGAUAAAAUACGCCAGGAUGGUUCGGUGAAUUUUAAUCGUUCGUGGAAUGAGUAUGACAAUGGUUUUGGUAAUCCCGAUGGCAAUUACUUUAUGGGUCUUCAGCGUAUCUAUGAACUGACCAAUUUCGGUGGACCACAAGAAUUGUUAAUUGUAUUAAAAGAUUUUGAUGGCGUGACACGUUACGCCAAAUAUAAACGUUUUCGUAUUGACAGUGAGGAGGAGAAAUAUGCCCUGCUGGAUGUGGGUGGUUAUAGCGGUGAUGCUGGCAACAGUUUCGAAAUACACAAAGGACACGCGUUUAGUACCUAUGAUAGGGAUAAUGAUAAUAGUCCGGAUAGAAAUAAUGCCGUCAUUUUUCAGGGUGGCUGGUGGUUCUUCGGUUUAGGUUAUCAUGGCUACUUAAAUGGUCCAUAUCGCCAAGAGAGUGAAUCAAAUAAUUGGGGAAUAAGCUGGCAUGAUUUUCGUAUAUGGAAUAGAUCCUUGAAAUAUGCUCAAAUGAUGAUUCGCAACAAAUGUUAA